CGUUCUCUCUCUCUCCAAAUCUCUCCCUCCCUCCCAAGGUGUAUAAAUAGGGGGAGUCACCAUACCCUUCUCAGUCAUCCAUCCCUUGAAUUGAGCAGAACAAAUCACUUAUAACAAUUCACUCCAUCUUUAUUUCAAAAUGGCUUACUCCAAAACUUCGGUUCUUUUUCUUGGACUUCUGUUUGCUGUCAUGCUUGUCAUUUCCUCCCAAGUGUCAGCUAGAGAACUAGCCGAGGCAACCCAAACACAGGAGAUUGUGGAGGAGGCCAAGCAUUACGAACAUGGAAAAGGGCACGGGUAUGGACACGGAUACGGACACGGAUACGGAAAAGGACAUGGACAUGGCAAACCUGGCCAUGGUGGUCACCCUGGACAUGGUGCUGGUGAAACCGAAUCCGACGAGAAUUAGAUGACUCCUGCACGCCCCCAAUGGUACUUGUACUCGUGUAUUGCGAAAACUAAUUAAUCAAGUAUGUGUAUGUUUGCUUGUGUGUCAAUAAGGCAUGGUAUGAAAUUGCCACAUUAGUACGUACCGUUGGUGGAAGAAUAUGUAACAGUUGAGUAGUCCCACGGCUUCAUUUCUGUGUCUUCUUCAUGUGCCUUUGUAUCUUUUAUGCAUCAAUGCUGGACUUGAGUUACUUCAA